CUGCAGCUAGCACCGAUCACUGCCUUAUUUUAUAUUACUAAUGUUCAAGAGGCAACAUGACAUCGUCUCAGCAGUGGCUACGGGUCUGUUUCUCGCUCCUGUGCAUUUAUGCAGCAGUUGAAUCCAAACGGAUUUUCAAAUGUCCUUCAGGAUGCACCUGCACCAAGGAGACCAUCAUCUGCGUCGGGACUUUACAGAUCCCACGGACCAUACCGAGUGAGAUCAACUCCCUGAGCCUGGUUAAUGGAUCCAUUUCUGAAAUCACAGAGGGAAUGUUUUCUCUAAUGCCCUCUCUUCAGCUGCUACUUUUAAAUGCAAAUUCUUUGACAACAAUAAAAGAUGAUGCUUUCUCUGGCCUACCACAUCUGGAAUAUUUAUUUAUUGAAGGGAACACGAUUGAAACCAUCACCAAAUAUGCCUUUCGUGGUCUGCGAGAUUUGACUCAUCUAUCGCUUGCCAAUAACAAGAUGAGGUUUCUGCCAAGGGAUCUGUUUUUUGACUUGGAUUCAUUGCUGGAACUGGAUCUGCGAGGAAACUCUUUCCAGUGUAUUUGUGAGAACAAGUGGCUGAUGAUGUGGCUGAAAAACACCAACGCCACAGUGUCAGAUGUCUUCUGUGCCGGCCCCAGUGACAUGAAGGGCAAGCGGCUCAAUGACCUUCCUAUCCCACCGGGCGAGUGUAUCUCCACAGGCAGCCACCAGCUGCCUGCACUGUACAAUCGCUGGAGGACUGGGCUGUCACUCAAAAACUGA